CGUCAGACUUGACGCGCUGGUGAAGCCGUGGCCGCGCCGCAGAGAAGUGAAGUUGAGCAUCCUGCAGGUCCGCUUACUGGAGACAGAAGACUCAUCAGUUUAACUGGGUUGAAUUGACAUCAUUGUGUGAAGCCGCUGGACACCCCAAGAGCUGCGUGAUGGGAUAUAUUAGGUCAACGUGGCAAAGGAUUUCCUUCAACAGUUUAUCACAGUUUGAUUCUUUGAUGGCUUCAUUCUUCAUCUGAUGGCACCCUUCUGCUCAGAAGCAAGAAAGUUCACACAAAUGCACAUAUUUUAAUAAAACCUACCCAGAUUAAACCCAUUUCCCAGUUAAUGAUUUGGUUCAAAUUCCUGUAGCCUGACACAGGCAGACGCAUCCUACGUGUUUACCCGAGGCUGUUCCAUUUUAUGGAGGCCUUGAAUAGUCGUCUGGCGACUGGGGAGCAGUCUGGAGGUCAAGAACAUUGUCAACCAGAGUCUCCUCGCCAAGGACAACAGCCUAGGUCUCCCUCCCAGCAACAUCAGCAACAACAGUCUAGCUCCCAGAAGCCUCAUGACUCACUUCAGCAACCCAAACAGUCCAGAAGACAACACGCGGAACGUAAACAUCUCAGGCACCAGCGGCAUAGCAUUGACUCAGAUACGACUUCGGAACACAAGAAUGAGGCGACAACAGCAACAACUAAAGCAACCUGUGUUUCUGAUUUGUCAGCAGGAGCGGCAACUUCCUCAGCGGCCGGUACAGCCCACUCAAAACCAGAAACCCAGGAGGGCAUCCCAAAAGAGAAACGAGAGCGUAAACCUCAGAGACCUGGCAAAUAUGUCUGCACUUACUGUGGCCGUGCAUGUGCAAAGCCAAGUGUCCUUCAGAAGCAUAUUCGCUCACACACGGGAGAACGACCCUAUCCCUGUGCCCCAUGUGGCUUCUCGUUUAAGACCAAGAGCAACCUGUAUAAACACCGUAAAUCACAUACCCAUCGGGUCAAGGCUGGUCUGGCACUUGGAGAGCCAAGAUAUUUAGAGGACCAAAUCACAGAGUCAGAAGAUGAAACCAGACAGCUAUCAUCAACAUCUCACAAUACAGAAGGAGAAGGCAGUGUAUCGUCUAUCAAAAGCCAUGAAACCCACAAGGCCAAAGACUGCAGUGGAGUACCUGAUGACUCCUAUGCAGUUAAAAAGAGACUAGCCAUGCGUCUAAGUAGAGGGAAACAUGGCCCUGCAGGCUCCUCGGCUGAAAAGGCCGUACCUCUGAUUUUGGGUAGUAAAGGCAGUACAGAAUCUGGCUACUUUUCUCAUUCUGAAAGUAUUGAACAGUCACAGGACAGCCCCCCAAGUACAAGUGCCAAAAGCUAUGCGGAGAUCAUUCUCGGCAAAUAUGGGCGUCUUGGACAACUACAGAGGAUGUCCCGUCAUCAGAACCAGCAGCCCUCUGUUCAAGAUGACAAAAGUAUCCCAUUCACACUGCCCAAAAAGCAGGUCAUUGAUCAUAUCACAAACCUGAUCACUAUUAACGAAGCUGUGGUAGAUACCAGUAAAAUUGACAGUGUGAAGCCAAGGAGAUUCUCACUGUCUAGAAAGAAUAGUUCAGAGUCUCAGAAGAGUCCAUUGGUUAAAGAACCUGUUAUUCAUACCCCCAAACCUCCAGAGUUGUGUUAUAAAAGUAGUGGCUCCAUUACGAUGGGAGUACCAUGUGAAAAAUUCCAACAUCAAGCUCUAAAUGUGGAACAACCAAGUGGCCAAACAUCCACAAGUGUUCUCCUUAGAAGCCACUCUAUGCCAUUGACAGCUACGUCUUUUGAUGCCCCCAGUGGUACACCAAGUAGGUUUUGCCAAAGUCAUUCUUACGAUGAACGACAGCCUUCUGAAAUGCAGGCUUCCCGUCAUUAUGGGAUGCUAAGACGACAGCCAGCGAUUGAAAUUCCACUUAGUGCAGAACUUACAAAUGAGGAAUAUGAUAGUUCUCAGUCAUUUUACUCUGACAGCUUAGCCACUGUGCCUGACCACAAGCAAAGUCAAUCACAGCCAUACGAGUGUGAGGUCUGUGGCACUGGAUGUAAAAACUGGGAAGGUUAUAAGGAACACAAGCAGAGCCUUUGUUUAGCCCAUCAUCCGGCAACUACACGUGAAAAGGUGGUUAGUCAAAAGGAGUGCUCACAAUUACUGAGCCAAGCAGUCAGACCGGGAAUGUCACUGAUGCGCAAGAGAAGGAAAGAAGAGAGUUUUGAAUUUGAUGACCCCUCCUCUCUUUUACCAUCUCAGGAUCUCUCAACAAAACAGAGCAAAGAUGGAAACACUGUAGCUUAUGAGGCUCACAGGAGAGCAACAAUGCAAACCUGCUCAGUCAUUCAACAUACUAGUUCAUUUGAAAAGCAAGACUCUUUGUGCAUUGAAACGCAAGUCUCUGGGGUAGCAAAAACCUCUCCACCUCACAAAGAACAUCCACAGGUGCCUCAGAAACAACAGCAGUCAACAAAACUAACAACGCGAAAGCUGGUUCGCCAGCACAAUGUACAGGUUCCUGAAAUACUGGUGACAGAGGACUCAAGCAUGAGCAUAGUGACGUCAAUGGAGCCGACAUCAACCGCAAAACAAGCCGAGAAACUUGACGAAUUUCAUUGGCCACAGAGAAGCACCUCUCUAGCUCAGCUCCCUAUCGAAAAGCUUCCCCCUAAGAAAAAACGCUUGCGCUUAGCUGAGGCUACGCAGUCCUCAGGAGAAUCCAGUUUUGACUCCGUGUGCUUGUCUCGCAGCCCAAGUCAGGACAGCAGUGCCUCUUAUGCUUCGAGUCGCUCCACGUCGUUUGAAGAAACAAACCGGCCAGACAUGGAGACAGUAACAUCUACACCACUAAGGAGAUCAAGAGCUUCUCACAUGUUGACCGUACCUGGGGUGCCUCAACACCGCGAGAUGAGGCGCUCAGCCUCUGAGCAGGCGCCUCAUGAGCCACAAGCAGGUCUCCUUAUGGCCGAGACCCGCAGCAAAUCAUUUGAUUACAGCAGCAUGUCCCCAGAGCGCUCUGCAGCUGGAUGGAGAGAAAGAAGGAAAUGUUUGCUUAUAAGGCACUCUGCUGUUCGAGAUCCAGAUGAAGAAGAGAAGUCUGCUGUACCGAGCCAUAGUCCUGAACCCGUCACCUCCUGCGUAUCUUCUCAGGCAAGCCAAACGUCUGUAUAUGGCAGCAGAUUACCAAGUUCUCCUGUAUCAGGUGACACAGUCAUACGUAACACAGUUCAGUCAUCUGAGUGGAAAGUCAGUCAGACUAUUCAGUUAACAGAUGUUUCAGAGGGUUCCCUCACUCACGGACCACCUGUUGAUACAUUAAAGGAAAGUGUCUCACACAUGCCUACAGGGCAGCGACCUCACAGAGUCACGGAGCCGAAUGUCACACGUGCCCUGUCAGGCGCCGCCAGAGCUCAUUACCUUCCUGUGUCAACAGGGUUGAAGCUAGAGAUUCCCUCACAGCAUAGUGACUACCCCGGGGUUCGAGAACAUCCUGUUCACGUCCAACACUCCCUCACUCAUGUUACAUCCUGUCUGGAGUUACUGAGGCCACCCACAUCAGCGGCAGUAGCAGUACGUGUCCAGAUGGAUACUCUGACCCCAGCCUCUGCCAUAUACACCACGCUGUCUCAGUCAGCCUCGGCGUGGCCCAGGGAGGCUUUGGAUGCUGUUUCACAUCACAUCGGUGUCCCAGCAGCUGAAUGCAGACACCAUAAAGACACUAGUGUGUUUUUUCAGGUAGGGUCCGAGGAAGGCUUAAGGCCAUCAGGGUCAGGAGGCAAUAAGCGAAUGCUUUCUCCUUCAAACAGCAUAGAGCUGUCCCCUGAGUCAGAACAGCAACAAAAACGAGUUAAAGAAGAAGAGGAGAGAGAAGUGAAGUUACCUGACAAGGCAACGGUGGCUGACGUCAGUCAGGAACUCAGUCAGUCAUGUACGCAGAGCGUGACUUCUCUGAUGACACACACUGACUCUUUCCCCACUCUGCUUUCCAGCACCUGCAAUAGCUGGUGCUAUUUGAACUACAUUAAACCUAAUCCUUCUGCUCUGGAUGAACAGAAGCCGUCUGUGUAUUCGUCUUGGUCCACGAGCGGCUAUGACCCCAACCCGCCUGGCCUCUCCAGCAAGACAGCUCUCGCUCUGCUACAUUGCAAGCAGAGGCUCAGCCCGUCCAUCUACACCAUAUCUCCCAUGUCAGCCGGGACGACCGAGUCAAUGGAGCAAGAGGACAACAAAACUCCCUCUUCCACUCAGGUGUGCAGCAGCUGGGCCGAGUGCACCGACCGCGAGGAAACGAGGAAGAAGCAUCAGUCAGCGGAGGACAGCAGGUCAAAUGUUGGCCGGGAGGAGAGCGAGGAAAAGAAAAGUGCUGAGGAGGAGGAGGAGGAGAGUGUAGCGGUACAGUCAAGCUCCAGAAAUAAAGAACCUCCUCGUGUUUGGACCCCUGAGGGACGCCAGCCUCAAGUGGCCAGUCAAGGAUCUGCAAGAUUUGCCAUUCCCGCCUUGCUUCAUUUAACAGGACCAGAGGUUUGGGGCUUGUCCACAGACUGGGUGUUUGGUAGGAUCAUGGAAAGGCUCAGGUGUUUUGUCAGUGAGGAACAGUUGACAGACUUUGACUAUGUGGACGAUGGUCUUGUGGAAUCAGUGGAUGUCCUGAUUGCAGCACUUAAGAAGCUGACUGAGAAAGUGAAAUGUCUGGGUUUAGGAUUGUCCCAGAUUAAGAUUAAGAUCCAGAUUUCAGUGACUUACUGGACUUGGCCAAUGAAAGCCCAGCGUGCUCACGCCGGUCUGUCAGCUCCAGUUGCACUUGUAUCGAUCGUGAUACCACGAGCGCUAACAGACAGUUUACAGGGAGCCGCCGUGAGCGUGAAAACUGAUCCUCCUCAGUGUCUUCACACCUACAGAUCACAUGAGGAGUGCAGCGUCGUGGAGGGAGGUGGAGGGACGUGCGGGUGUGAAGAUGGUGCACGCCGCUGUCAGAGUCCCAGCGAGCUGCCAAAGUGCCCGCAGCCCUCAGCAGAGCCACCGGGGUGCCAGGGAAACGGACACAAAGAGCGCAGUGAUCAGUCCUCUGAUGUGGGGAAACGUCAGGGUGACGAGGACGAUGAUGUUAAGCAUGUCAGCCGUGAUGAAAACGAGGAGGCCAAAGUGGUUGAAAGCCCUCCUGCAUCCUGUGAUGACGGCAGUGAAGGACACGCCCACUUAAAGCCUGACCCCAGCAGAACCCCCAGAGUGACCCCCAAAGAGUCUACCCAAAAGACUACAGUCAUCCCCGCCAGUGUCAGGAGGGCGCUCUUUGCCCGGCGACGCCUCGAGCCUUCAGCAUCUACACGCUCCAGAGGUUCCUAUUCCCCAAGAAGUCUCCCCCUGACCCCACAGAGUGAGGGGUCUCCACCUCGCAGCCCGUCACCCAGACCUCUCCAGCCCCCUGCUUCCAGCCAACACUCUCUCCUGUCCUCCGUGUCCACAACCAGCUCCCUGCUGAGACUGGACUCCCCUUCAAGAGUCCAGUCCCGGCGACCAGGGUCCAGUGGGCCAUCAGGCUUCUUGGAAGCUGACCCUGCCCAGUGCCGAGGUUAUCCCCACCCAAAGGAGCAACCGACAGCGAGUCUGUCUGUGGACCAGUUUUGUCUGACCCAUGUCAACCCAAACCUGACUCGUCCUCGAGGAUCCAACAUCCUGAGUCACCUUCCCCUGCACUCCCAGCAGCCCAGCAGAGCUCCGAGCCUCUUGAUCCCAAUCGGGGGGAUCCACAUGAUCCAGCCCCGGUCCACGCUGCCCCACUACAGCCUGGUGAGCAGUCCUGCAGCCAGUCCAGCAGGGACACAGCCGCUCUGGAGAAGGAGACUGAGUGAUGGCCGGCUUUCGGUGCAGUGCCGGGCCGCUAUCAAAGAGACCGAGGUUGGCAGCCGAGCCGGCUCACCGCACCCAGAGACAGCGUGGCAAACGGCCGGCGCCCUCCCUGACUGCCAGGCGGGACUGUCGCCUUCGGACUCCGGAGAGGACCGAGUCACAGAGAGGUGUGUUUACCCCGAGACUACCCGAGGCCAAAAAAAGGCUCCUUCCUCCCGAGUGCCGCCAUGAGUGGAGGAGGAGCCUGAAGGGAAAUUGCAAAACGUCUCCA